GUCUUCAAGGCGUUGUGAUGUGCGUCCAAACCCAUUAUUUAUUUAUUUAUUUAUUUUGCUGAUUAUAUUUUUUUCAUAAUUUUUAAAUUCCAGUUCUCUCGCUGUCUUCAUUACACCUUGUUAUGCCAAACAAAUUUCUCCACGGCUCCAUUUCUUUAUAAAAUUUCAUCAACCUCCCAAUUUGGUCAGAUAUUCUAUGCUAUUUCUGCAACUAUUUGUUGCUGUUUUGAUUUCUCGGGAGAUUGCUGACGUUUUUGGGCUGUUUUCCUCUCAGAAUGAAAGGAAGCUUUUAUGGAUUGAAGGGUAAACAUCUCUCUCUUAUUACCAUUGUUCUCAUGUGUAUCACCAUUCUUAUAUGGGGAUGGGAGAAGACCCCACUUCUUACUAACUUGGUACCGCCCCAAACCCUUUUAGAGUUGGAUCCAGAGACAUAUGAUGAUUCUGUAGAUAACUCUGUAGAAUUUGUACCAUCAGAGCCAGAAAUACAUUUGGACAAAGGUGUAGCAACGUUUGCACAAAGGGACACUGUAAAAGAAGAAUCACAUUUCGCAGCUCAACUAGGUUCUGAGCAAAGCUCUCAAAAAAGCAAUGAGAUUAGUAGUGAUCUAGUAACAACCCAUGUUAAGGAGAGUGGGAUUUUCUUAAAUGGAGCAAAAGAUAAGCAAGUUCAGGAAGCAGAAAAAGAUGGCAAUGCAGAAUGCUCUACCUGCUCAACAGAGGCCGAUGGAAAGGACGUAAAAAUAGUUGAAGAAAAAGGUUCAAAUCAAGAAGAACAAACAGCAGUUGAUACAAGACACAAAGAAAAAGCAGAGGAAAAGAAUUCUGACCUACAGAACCAAAAUGUGGACCUAGUGACACCAAUAGGUUCUACAUAUACAAAUACCUCAGUUGACAAAUUGACAACUCCCAUGCAAACUCCAGCACCAGUCUGUAAUUAUGCGAAAGGAAAAUGGGUUGUAGACAAUAAGAAGCCUUUGUAUUCUGGGCAUGGUUGCAAGCAAUGGCUGUCAGGGAUGUGGGCUUGCCGGUUGACACAGCGGACAGAUUUUGCCUAUGAAAAACUUUCAUGGCAGCCAAAAGAUUGUCAAAUGGAAGAAUUUGAAGGCUCUAAGUUCUUGAAAAGGAUGCAAGACAAAACUCUAGCUUUUGUUGGAGAUUCAUUGGGCCGACAGCAGUUCCAGUCUUUAAUGUGUAUGAUCACAGGUGGUAAGGAGAGACAUGAUGUCAUGGAUGUGGGGAUGGAAUAUGGGAUAGCCCAGGCACGUGGUGAUGUCCGCCCUAGUGGUUGGGCAUACCGGUUCCCAAGCACCAACACUACCAUCCUCUAUUACUGGUCAUCGACCCUCUGCGAUGUGGAGCCUAUUAAUGUUACAAACCCAGCCACUCAUUAUGCCAUGCACCUUGAUCGGCCACCAGCGUUCUUGCGCCAUUAUAUUCACAAAUUUGAUGUCCUAGUCCUCAAUACAGGGCACCACUGGAAUCGUGGAAAGCUUAAGGCUAACCGCUGGGUAAUGCAUGUUGGGGGUGUGCCAAACACUGACAAGAAGAUAGCAAUGAUUUGGAGGGCCAAGAAUGUGACAGUCCACAGUGUUGUUAAUUGGGUGAACUCACAGCUCCCAAAGUAUCCAGGUCUCAAAGCAUUCUACCGGACCCUCUCGCCCAGGCAUUUUGUUGGUGGGGACUGGAACACAGGAGGAAGCUGUGACAACACCACUCCUAUGUCAAUAGGAAAGGAAGUAUUGCAAGAUGUGUCUAAUGACUCAGACGCUGCAGGCGCAGUGCGGGGAACAAGGGUUAAGCUCUUGGACAUAACAGCUCUAUCCCAGGUUCGAGAUGAGGGUCAUAUAUCUCGGUUCAGCAUUACAGCCAAAUCAGGCGUGCAAGAUUGUCUGCAUUGGUGUUUACCUGGUGUUCCAGAUACAUGGAAUGAAAUUCUUUUUGCACAAAUCUAGUCCAAUGAAUUAAGACGCUGAUGUCAAAUGCCUCGGAAGGGUUCUAAGAGUCAGGUAAAGCGCUAAAGGCCUCAAUGCUGCUAUCUGAAUGCCAUAAUCUCUUAUAAAUGAUGCGAUCUCAAAGAAGGGGAGAUGUCAGCAGUGGAGCUCUGCAUAGAUGUUAGGUGCCGAGUUUGAUCAGGGGCAGAAAAUGGCAACCAGAUGGCUCACAGGCGAUAACAUACUGUGGACAAAAUGAAUCCCUACCUUCUCUUCAGUUUUGGUUAUUUCGCUUCAUCCUAACUCGGUGGUUGUCGGAGAAAGCACCACUACAGCUGAGAAGGGCAUUCUCGAAGUGAGGUUCAAAUAUUCUGCAUUUAGUGCCAAGACUGAUCUAGUAAUGGAUAUGAUGUGGAGUUCUGUCUGAUAAUUUAUUCCUGUACAUUUUAUAUCUAAUUACAAAUAGUCUAUAGAUAGAGCUUCAUUCCCCUUAUAUAUAUGGUAUAUAAGCAUUAUUUUCAGAAGAGAGGAACAUAUUUUUUU